GUUGAUUUUGGCCGUGAGAAGAAUGCCACAAACAAAAGUGUUUCACAUUCGGUCCCCAUUGAUCAAGAGCAAACCUCUCUCCAAAAAAGCAGGGAAGGAUGUCUACCUGAAGUUAGACAACUUGCAACUUCCAGGAUCAUUCAAGAUUCGGGGCAUUGGGCGGACUUGCCAAGAAGCUGUGUUAAUAAAUGGGGCUAAACGAUUGGUAGGCAGUUCAGGCGGAAAUGCAGGCGUGGCCAUGGCUUACGCCGCUGAGGAAUUGGGCGUUCCCUUGGUCCUUUUCAUUCCUACUAGCACUCCCCCAAUCAUAUUAGAGAGACUGAAGGAUUAUCCUGGUGCCGAGGUGCGCAUUGCUGGAACCAAUUGGGAUGCAGCCAAUCAAGAAGCCAUGACUCUUUUGGAACAAGACCCCGAAGCUUUUUUUGUUCAUCCAUUUGAGCAAGAGACCACUUGGCAGGGUCAUGCUACAUUAGUGGAUGAGAUCAAGGAACAACUGGUACAAGAACACUCGGAUCUUCGAGUUCCAGCAUCCUUGAUCACCUGUGUUGGAGGCGGUGGUUUGGCGGCAGGUUUGAUCAUUGGUCUUCAAAAGCACGGCUGGACUAAGGUACCCUUGGUGUGUAUGGAAACUACCGGCUCUCAAUGUCUCUACCAAUCCGUGAAACAAGGACGACAAGUCAAAUUGGACGCCAUUGAGACCAUUGCCAAGAGUCUUGGAGCUUUGGCUGUAUGUUCUAAGCUUCUAGAUCUUGCAAAGAUUCACCCUGUGAUACCCAAAGUAGUCACUGAUGCUCAGGCUCUUGACGCUUGUUUCAAAUUUGCACAGGAUCAUCGGAUGUUGGUGGAACCAGCUUGCGGAGCAGUUUUGUCCGCCUUGUACUCUGAUAAGUUAAACGACUGUGAGACAGAUAUUGGUGGUGAUGCUUCGCCUAUUGUGGUGAUUGUUUGUGGCGGAAACAUGGCGUCAAUGGAUCUUUUUCAAAUGUGGAAGGAUCAAAGAAGGAUGGAACUUAAGUAAACAUGCCAUAUUCCCUCACACUUCCUUCAAGACCAACGUUUUUCUUCUGGGAUGACUCUAGGGCAAGAAGAUGAAAUUCCCUUUAAGUCAUGCAAUGGCAUUGGUGGUAACAUGUUUGUCGUUAGUAUCAGAUUUUGCCAAUUUUUCCAUGUGACCGUGAAUGUCAGAUUAAUCUGGAAUCUUUAGACGAACAGUGUUGGGUUUUAAAUACCUUGGAAUAAGAGGCCAAUAAAUGAAUAGAGCUGCUGAAACAUUCGAAA